CCCAGACGAGGAAAGAGUUAGAUAUAUUCUAUGGUUAAAAGAGCUAUAAUUUUGUCGGUUUUAAAACAGUUUCAUUGGAUUUUUAAUCUCCUUCGGAAAUCAGAAUGAGACGUUCAGGAGCUCCCAGCCAGCUCUUUGGAAAUGCGCUGAAAAAGCCUCGAUUUGUACCUCCUGGAGCAUCUACUACUCAUCCUGUUGCUGCUCAUUCUGCACCCCUGACCCUUAAACAUGGUUUAGACAACGCAUUAGAAAAGGUCCAUAGAAGUCCCGCAGCACCUGCUCUCAGUACAUUGGACUGUGAUGUCCAGCCCAGACCUGGUCAGGCUGCUCCAGCCUUGUCUCGAGCUCUAGCUCUUGUUCUCAGUGCUACAGAGAGUAAAGAAAAUGAGGCUGAGGCAGAAAGUUUUCAUACUACUACAAGAGACUUCACUGAACACGACACAACAGCAGGAGCUCCAGGUUCCCCUCAUUUGACUCCUGGGUCUCCUGACCUCCCACUGGGGGCUUCAAGUCCAGCUGGUGUUUCUGGAGCAGCGGGCUCAAACUCUGGCUGCAGUCAGGAUGGAGUGCACUACUUCAGUGUGAUGUGGUGUAAGGCCAGUAAGAAGAAACACAAGCGGUGGGAGGGUGAUGCAGUCCUGGUAACAAGAGGACGUACAGCCACGCUCAAAGACAUGGAGGGCAAGGACAUUGGCAAAGGUAGUGGUUACAAGGUGUCAGAACUGGCCUCGUUGUGUGAGGGUGAGACGCUGAUGAUUGGUGGGAAGGAGGUGGAAGUUAUGGGAGUCAUUUCUCCAGAGGAUUUUGUGAAAGGAAGAUGUUUCCAACAAGUCCAAAUAGAGACAGAGGAGUCAAAUACAAGACCAGCUCAACCUCCCUGCCAUCGCAUAGCAUCAAAACCUUUCUGCCCUCCAACAAUGGUGGGCAGGGCAGAGCAGCCAAGAUCCAAACCAGAGAUGCAACAAACAUGCAGACCUCGCUAUGAUCCUCUAGCUCCAGGUGCACUGGUGAUGCCACGUCCUUCACCAAAUCACCAGUGGUCUCAUAAUAAGUUGGGGCUUCCUGUAGUUGAUGUUGUUGUGGACCCACAUAUGACCGCUCAUCUUCGUCCUCACCAGAGAGACGGCUUGUUAUUUCUCUAUGAGUGUGUCAUGGGCAUGAGAGCUGUGGAUUGUUACGGGGCUAUCCUUGCUGAUGAAAUGGGUCUGGGAAAGACCCUCCAGAGCGUGGCGCUGGCCUGGACGUUACUCAGGCAGGGGCCGUACGGUGGAAAGCCAGUUGCUAAUCGUGUCCUUGUGGUUACUCCUGGCAGUUUAGUGAAGAACUGGAGUGCAGAAUUUAACAAAUGGCUGGGCCGUGAGAGGAUCAGCGUUUUCACUGUGGAUCAGGACCACAGGGUAGAGCAGUUUGUGGUUUCUCCUCUGCACAGUGUUCUCGUAAUAAGCUAUGAGAUGCUGCUGCGCAGCUUGGAGCAGGUGCAGAAAAUGGAGUUUGGACUAGUGAUUUGUGAUGAAGGUCACAGACUAAAGAACAGCAACAUCAAAACUUCCUCUGCCCUCAGCAGCCUCAGCUGUAAUCGCAGAGUCAUACUUACAGGAACUCCAGUACAGAAUGACCUGCAGGAGUUCUACGCUAUUAUAGAGUUUGUGAACCCUGGGAUUCUCGGGUCAACAACUGCAUAUAGGAAAGUUUAUGAGGAGCCGAUACUGCGAUCCAGACAGCCUUCCUGUCAUGAAGAAGAGAGAAUUCUGGGAGAAGAGCGGGCAGCUGAGCUUUCCCGCUUGACUGGUAUGUUCAUCCUGAGACGGACACAAGAGAUCAUCAAUCACUACCUGCCGCCACGCCUCGACUGGACUUUGUUCUGUGAGCCCUCCACUCUCCAGUGUAACCUGUACAAGCACCUCCUGUGCCAUCGAGUCUUCAGAGCGUGCCUACAGGGCUCCAUGCAAACUCACGCACACUUUGUCUGCAUUACUGCACUAAAAAAGCUCUGUAACCACCCAGGCUUGCUCUACUCAACUGUCAAGGAGAAAACUGACAAUGGUUCAGUGGAGAGCACUUUAUAUGAGGGCUUGGCAAAUCUCUUCCCAGAAUCCUACUCGUCAGGUAGAUUCAGCACUGCUGACUCCGGAAAACUCCUGGUGCUGUCGGAUUUACUGGUCGCCAUCAGACAACUCAGUUCUUCAGACAGGGUGGUUGUAGUGUCCAACUAUACACAGACACUGGACUUGCUGCAGGACCUGUGUGUGAGCAUGAGCUAUACUUUCUGUCGACUCGACGGACAGACCCCCAUCAGCCAGCGGCAGCGGCUAGUUGACAAUUUCAACAGCCCCUAUUCUCAAAACUUCAUCUUUUUGCUGAGCUCCAAGGCAGGUGGGGUGGGGCUGAACCUGAUUGGUGCUUGCCACCUGGUGUUGUACGACAUUGACUGGAACCCUGCCAAUGACAUUCAGGCCAUGGCUCGAGUAUGGAGAGAUGGCCAGAUGAAGUCUGUGCACAUUUAUCGUCUCCUCACUGCAGGCACCAUUGAGGAGCGAAUGUUCCAGAGACAAGUGUCCAAACAGGGGCUUUCUGGGUCAGUGGUUGACCUGGGCAAAAGGGCGGAGCACAUCAGCUUCUCCACCAAUGAGCUGCGAGAUCUCUUCAGUCUGAGGGACACGCUCUGUCUGACUCAUGACUUGCUGGAUUGCACCUGUGCCAUGGAUGGAUCGGCCCACGCUGUCGUGGAAGAACAGACUGUCGAUAGGCCAUGUCAGCUCGGCCGUCAGGGUGACAGAAGCGGGGCAGUGCAGAAGCAUCUCAGCAUGUCCGAGCUGAUGCAGUGGAGACAUUUCUCUGGUGACACCCACACGUUUUCAGACCCCUACCUCGAUCAUGCACGAAACCACAUCACCUUUGCAUUCCAGACCACCAUCUCUCACACAGCUCACUAAACAACACCGAUUCAGAGGUCUGUGGACUAACUUUCAAAAUCCGCUGCACCUUCAUGUACGGCACGCAUAAUUCUACUGCUUGUUUGUUUUCAGGCACUCUGGGCUUUGACUGCAGCCUGGUUACCAACAUCUGACUAAACACACAAACACAUGUCUCUAGCCAACAUCAGUAAAGUUCCUAACAGUUUCAAACAUCGCAGUGAGAUUUUUCUCUUCAUCCCACUUUUUUUGUGGAGUUUGUUUCCUAAAAGAAAUGUAAGUUUUGUA